CCCGCACAGCUUUUACCACCAUUGGCCGUAUGCGCAUCUGACAUCGUUGGCAUAUCCCGCGCCCGCCCUUGUUGCUCGACCUGAUUUUGUCCUUGGAUGGCUUUGGUUGGAAUAUAGACCCUUGCGGACCCCACCAUCAACCCCGAUCUCACUUUGCGGUCCGAUUGAGCUUUUCAGCGAAGGUCCUGCGUUGGCGCUUUCAACACGAGCACCGCAGAACACCCCCCGAAAAGCGAAGCACCCCCACCCGCCCUCAAAACAUCCAUCCGCACGCGCGUGUACAGUUCCAGCCAUGAACCCGUCAUACCAAUCCUCACAGGCCCCGCUGACCACGGCAACAGGGACCCAACAGCCGCUUCAGCAAGAUUCGCCGCUGAUUCCCAGCUUGCACCCGCUCAAUGGCCCGGCGCAGGCGAUGUCGUUUGGUACGCGGCAGGCACAGGCACAGAUCCCAACCACGUUCGUGCCCGCCACAGCGCGCGCCCCCGCGCCGCACAGCAAUGGCGUAGGAGCCCACUACCACCAGCAUGGCGCGCCCGCAGCGCCACCCAUGUCUGCGCCCCCGGCAUACACGGUCGCAGGGCCGACACCACAGCACACCUCUGCGGUCCCCGGUGCAACGAUCCAGCCCCAGAACUCUACACCCGUGUACUCCACGGCAGGGCCCGCUAGCGCACCGCCGGCAACCACAGCCACGACCACGCCGCACGUCAAGGUUGCGCCGCUGAUUGAGGAGCAUGUGGGCGAUAUCCCUCCUCCACCACCGCAGGAGUCGGGCGCAACUUCGUCCAAGAACGGCAACGGCAACAGCAAGGCAGCAGUGCCGGCCUUCAUCUCCAAGCUUAUGACCAUGAUCAACGACCACUCCAUUGAUCAUCUCAUCUCCUGGACUGAGGGCGGGCAAACGUUCAAGGUGCACGAUGCAGCCACGCUGGCCAAGGAAGUGCUCCCGCGCUACUUCAAGCACAGUAACUUCACCAGCCUCGUCAGACAGCUCAAUAUGUACGGCUUCCACAAGGUUGUUGGCGUGGACGCUGGUGGCCUUAAAACCGCGUCAGAUCAAGUGUGGGAGUUUGUGCACCCGUGCGUGCAGCGCGACAAGCCACACCUGCUCAACCUCGUCAAGCGAAAGGAGGGCAGCGCGACGCGACGCAAGAUGGCGCGCAAGGAUGUGGACACCGUCAUGCACGACCUCAGCGCAAUGAAGGAUGACCAGGCUGUCCUCACAACAAAGUUCCAGGACAUGCAGAGGCAAAACACGGCACUGUGGCAGGAAGUGACGCAGCUGCGACACAAGCACGAGCACCAGCAACGCAUGAUCUCCAAGAUUAUGAUGUUCCUCUCCCGCGUCGUGCAGCACCAGCAGCCACAGACCAUCAACGGCCCCGCAGCAAAGCGCGCAAAGACGCUUGCGCUGGAGCCGCUGUGGGAUGCCGAGGACGAACUGGAUGCGGACGGGAUUGCGUCGCUCGACGAUGUUCCGCUCGUACCAGGAUCUGUUUCGGCUGCCGACGCCCUCGCUGCCGCACAAGCAGCCGUCUCUUCAGCCGUCGCCGCCACCAUGCCUGCAAGCACUACCAUGCCGGCAAGCACAGCCAUGCCGGCAAGCACAGCCAUGCCGGCAAGCACAGCCAUGCCGGCAAGUAUCCCGACGACGACUGUUGGCAUGAUGCCGACUGCGACAAUGGCGGCAACCACGACGGCGCCACAGGGACUGUCGCAGCUCGCGCCAGCCAGCAACGGCCAGACUCUUCCAGUGUACCAACCAACCAUCCAUGACCGUUUGGUGGACCUCUCCAACAGCGAGCGCCUGGCGGACGUCGAGAACAUUGUUGGUCCGGAGCUGACGAGCAACGACGCGCGGCUGCAGCUGCAGCGUGACCGCCUUGCCCAGAGCGGAUUUGACCCGAGCCUUCUCCACAGCCUGUGGGCGGCAGCUGGGGACGAAACGGCGCACGCACAGCACGUCGGUGGCGAUGUCGACUUCACAGCGCUCACGCCGCCAACCACCAUGGGACAGGUAAGCUUGUAAUCUUCCAACACAACACGCAUACACGUUUUUCCACGACAUUACCACCACACCACCACCAUCAUCCCUGCGAACCCAAUGGCAACUUGCGCGCCCCUAUCUGCUGGCCCCUCUUGCUUCCCUACCUGCCCAAGUACAUGCAUGCAAAAAAGUACUUCCCCUCCCCCCCUUCCUCUCCACCCUUUGGCCCCUGUCUCCCCACCCUUUUUCUCCUUCGUGGCCCAACCACUAUCCUUCUGCCUCAUUCCCCUCUUUCCAGUAUCAUUACUUCUUCCCAUUUCGGUGUCCUCGCUGUUCGUGUUCCAGCCCAUUCGCUGUGCGUGCAUGUGCACACGCGUGUGUUGUGCCUUGUUUCACCCCCCCCCAAAGCCAAACCACCUUCCAAAUGCAAGGUGCGCACUUUUUGUGCCAAUUUUUUUUUCCAAGUGGGGUUGCACACAACACAGCGAAUGUCCAGCUUCCUUUCUCCAAUCACGUGUGUGGAUCAAUUGUGUUUUCCGCGUGCCUGUGACAUACCUUCAAUGUGUCGCAACGUUUGUUCAUUGGUCAUGCACGCUGUUCCACACCUUUUGCCAUUGUGUGCGGGUUUUCUUCACCCCUCCACACAGCUGCACUGCGCAUUACUGCCUUGCCCAUACCUCCGUCCCCUGGAACCCCCCCCCUCCCUCUCUCUCCGUCGUCGAUAUCUAGCGAUCCCAGCACACAUGUGUGAGGGGCGCAUUGACUUGCUAUUGGGUGCAAGCUGCGUGGCCCAACCGCGCAAGCACACCACGCAGCGCUAACCACUGGUGUAGCCAGCCGUAAUCGUGUGCGUCCGUGUUGCGUUUUUCUCCAAACACAACACAUCCAUCCGCCGCCACUACAAUGUGUACACUGUGCACGGCGUGCGCGGACGGUGGUCCCCCGCUUGCAUUCCUCCUUCACACCCCCUCUGCGUCUUCUUCUUCAUUGUACACCACUCGGUUUGUUUUGUGUUUACACAUCAGUUCAUGGCGGUCCCACCGCAACAUCCACCACCACCACCACCACCACCACCAUACCAUCUACCAUCCCUCCCACCAUCAUCACUUCAUCAACAACUUCGGCACCUUCUCCCAUAUAUGAAAUCACAGUUGCAUUGACCCGCCCCCCCCCUUUUAUUUUCGGUUGUGUUCGUCUCUUCCGCUGUCUGUGUGCCUGUCUUCUUUUGUUGUUGUUUUUUUUUUGCUGUUCGUUCGCGGUCGCGGCGCUGUCACGUCACAGCGCCGGAUCGCCUUGUCGUUGUCACCUUAAUGACACUUCGCCCAUGUCAUCAGCAGGCCCAGUAGCUUGUAUGUGCAUUCGUCGCCCAUGUUGGUGACCGUAUCCUUUUCACGUCCCUUCUCUUUCGUGCUUCUGUUCUUUGGCUCCCCUUAACGAUACACCUGGAUGUCAAAUCCCCUUAAUGUGAUGUUGCUGUUGUGAGCAACUCAAGCUGUCAUUUCACAUGUCUUAAUUGACACCCGCUCUUUGCUGGGUUUUCGUGUUUGUUUACCGACUGUGAGGACAACCGUUACCUUUCGCAUCUGUCGCUUCUUUGUCAUCUCACCACCACUUGGCCCCUCCCGUCUUCCCGCUCUCUCUGUAUCCCUGCCACCCUUUCAUGCUGCCCAUUGUUUGAUUGCUCCCACCUUUUCUCCCAACCACUCUGCAUGCAUGUACGCGGGCCCACUCCUCGCUCCACCACCAUCAUCAUCAUCUUCAUCAUCAUCAUCAACUACAACCCCUCCCCCCCACCACGCAACAACAACUACUGCCACAUCUCCACAUCUCCACAUCUUCAUCUCCUCGCCACCUCGUCCUUGCGUUGCUGUUUUCGCCACAAAACAACACAAACCAAAGAGUCGUGCUUUGUCUCACUCGCUGUUGGGCAACAAACAGAAUGUCAUGUACUCUCCGCUCGACCUGGACGUCUCUGGCUCCAACGAGCCCUCACCACCCCUCCACUCGCCGCCUGCCACCGCCACCGCCACCGCUGCCACCUCUACCUCCGUCGCGACGUCACUUGACAGCGGCUUGCAAGCACACGUGGAGUCUCCAGCUGACUUCAACUCGCCGCCCGCAAGCUCCGCCUGAACAGCCACAGUCACAGCUGCCGCUGUUUUAAACCCCCACCCCCUUGUCUGUUAAUCAAACAGCAGGCUUGGUCUUCCACUCCUUUGGCCUGCCAUUAUUUCGACACGAUCCUCCCCUACCGCUAUCACCCUUUUCACUUGUGUCCCUCGCUGUAUUCGGCCUGCUUGUUCUUGCUUUUCGGACUAACAUGCGCGUGUUUGAAUCGAGAAAGAGCUGAUGCCCCCGUUCCCCCCCCCCUUCCCUGAACGACCGUACCACUUGUACUAGUGAUCUGUGUUCGUGCGUGUGAGUGUGCGCGAUCCUCUCUUCUUCUUCGUAUUGUUCUCAGCUGCUAUGACGGCGCGAGACGGUUGUCCUCCUUCCCAUGUUCCUGCCCAUGGCAUGUCAUCAUUGAAGCGUUUAUUGCCCUGCUUCCAUUUGUACCGUAGGCGCUCCUCUGCUGUAACUGUCCGCUGUUGCUUCCCAUCAUGGGGAUCACGUCUUCGUGUUCCUGGCUGUACUCGCCACAGUCGGCUGUUCCGGCUGUGUUGCUUGGUGUGGGUGGUUGUUGUUGUUUUGUUGUUUUGUUGUUGCGUUUUGUUAGUGUCUUCCUCUUCAGAUCACUGUUUGUAUCCUUUCCCACCCCUACGCUGAUGACUGAUUACUUAGCCUUCCACGACUACAUAUUAAGUCAUUCAUUCGCCUGUUGUUGUGUUGUGUUCCCAGCGUGGCUAUGCGCUGCCUUCAUACCUUGUCCUCGCUUAUACCUGCUGUAUUUGCUUGCGUGCGUGCGUAUGUGCGUGUGUGUGUGUGUCAGCGUGCAUGCCUUGGCGUGGAUGUGCGCGUGGUACGUGUGCAUGCCUGUAUUCGUCAGCCACGCCUCGGCAAACUGUUUCGAACAUAGGCAUUGUUUCUGUUACACAUGAAUGAACAGCGUGGCCCCACAGAUACACCGCGUCAAAC